AUGACAUCCGCCAGUCAAACGGAGUCGGAAGUCCGUCCGAGCAUAGAAAUCGAUAAUAACGACAGUGUGGACGGUCAAGAAGACGUUGAAGGUUCUGAUGACGGAUCAGAGCUAGGCGAUAGGACGAAUACUGAUAUCGACAACACCGAUCCCUCAUACGAGGACCUCGAUUACACCGAAUCCCAAACACCUCAAGUCGACGAUGGUGGUGAUAGUAGCUCUCACCACGACGCAGACGAGGACGUGUUCAGCGACAAGAGCCCCCGAAGCUCAUUAGGAUCCUACGACGGUGUGCCCGAGUCGGGCAAGGCACAUAGGGAUUCGGACAAUAUGACAACGGUGCGAAGAUCACCUCGAAUCUCGGACAUUUCCCAAUACGAGCGGGAGUACGAAAAGGAGGAAUUCGUCCCCACUAUUAGAGGAACACCUCGUCCCCCCUUCCGAACUCCUUCAGAUGUCCGCGCAAUGCAGAUGUCUUCUCCACCGCCUUCGGUUCUCGGCUCGCCCCGAUCUACCAAGAGGCACUUCCCUACAGUAUCUCGCUUAGGGACACCUAGUGCUUCAGCACACUACUCUCCGAAGAGGAUGUCCACACCGCAGCGGUUUAAGGGCCGCAAGGAAGCUCCUCUCGUCUUACUUCACGUCACCCUGUUACCUCUUCGAUGGGUCUGGGGUGACUUGUUGAAUAAUCUAGAGGUGGACGAGAUGAGCGACCAAGCGAAGUCGCUACGUGAGUCCUGGCGGAUCCUGCAAGAUCGCGUCGGUGACACCGUCAUCGAACGCGGUAUCCUGCUCGGCCACCCCCAAAACGACUACGAGGUUCUCGAGGAGCGCUUGCUCGAAGCACUCGAGCUGCCUCUCCGUCGACGAGCGCGGAUCCUCGAAUGCGGCCACUAUCUCGGCCCGUCUAACGAGCACACGAUCGACGACGACGAGAGCGAGGACGAGUGGAGUUCCGCUCGAUCUCGUGCUGGAGAUGUAGAUAAACGCCACUGGUGCGGCACUUGUAAGAACGAGAUCCGCUACGACUCGCUCGGCGCAGGCAAGAUCUUCCGUGUUAAGGUGUACGCUAGUAACGGCCUGAUGCGAGCCGGAGCCUGGGCGGCGUGCUGGAAGGAGAUGGAGCGUGUAGACGUUGAGAUAGAGCCGAUUGUCGAGCCUGCCGUGCAGGAAGAGCUAGUCCGCCUCGCUGCCGUCUUGCAGGAGCGAGAACUAGCACAUCAAGAGGAAGCGGAUAUCGCGAAGGAGGUCGCACAUCAGUUAGAAGAGCAGCACCAGAAGGAACGAGCCGACGCGAUGAGUUCGCGGUUCAGUGCUUCCUCACCGCAUUCAGAACGUGCUGAGUCGCGUAUGUCGGCGGCGGACGAACGCCACCGACGGGACGAAGAACGACUUCGUGAGAUCUACGGCCACGGAUCCCCUCCGCUAUCUCCACGCGGAGAUACAUCAAGAGAACCCCCGCAACCAGACCACUUCGCUCCCCCAUCCCCCACCCCAUCCUUACGAUCUCGCUCGCACGAGCGUCGCAGCGACCACAGAGCACCCAACCACCAUCAACACCGCCACCCCCAACAACGGCAAGGCUUCCAAAACGCCUCACUACCAGAGCUGAUCCUGCAAUCCAUCAAAGUCCUCAUGCAAGACCGGAAGAACGUGAUAAUCUUCACCCUCAGCGUCCUCGUGCUGAUCUUCGCUCUACGCAACCCAUCCGGUCCCGCGGAGCCUAUCUACGAGCCAGUCAUCCACCGGAUGCGAGAUAUGCCGACCCCGCGCCGCGUGCAGGUCGUUGAUACGACGUAUGUGCCGACGGUGGAGGUCAAGGCUCCUACUGUUGUUGAGUCGGUGUGCGUGCAGGAGUCUGCUGCGGUUGCGGAGGGGCAGGCUACGGUGGUUGAGUCGAUUUUGGCUUCUGUGGCGGGGUAUGCGGAGCCGUCUGCUGCGGUUGAGGGAGAUGUGUCUGGUGUUAAGGCUGUUGAGUCGGAGACGAAGGAGCUGGAGGUUGAAUCUGCUGUGCCUGCGCAAGAGACGACUGAGGCGGUGUCUUCUCAUGAUACGAUUCAAUCUGAAUCCGUAGCGGAGUCUCAAGAGUCUGCUGAGGCAACCUCGUCCUCGGACAGCCCAGCCAUCGAGUCAGAAACUUCUUCCGCGUGUUCUCAGCCCGAAGAAGCAUCCUCGGCCGCACUCCCAGAAUCCUCCCCCAGCACGGAGACCACCCCAGAACUGCCCUCCGAGCCGGAAGCAGCGCAAGAAAACAACAGCGACGCCGCCGCAUCCAGCGUCUCAACAGUCUACGAGCCAUGCCCCGUAGCAUCCGAAGGCAAGCCGCGGGCCGUGACUCUGCAGUCCGAAGAAACGGAGACGGAAACAGUGACGGAGAAAAAGGUCGUGCGUGUAUUCACCACUGUGACGGAGUCUAAGACGACGACGGUCAGGGUGUAUGCCACUGAUGCGGCGACGCAGCCUGCGCUGUUGGUUGCUAUGGAGGAUGGACCGUAUGGGGAGGGGGGAGAGAAGAAGUUGUGA